UUUUGUUCUCUCUCACUGACACAGGCACACUCUCUCUUCCAAUUUCAUCCCCACGAAGAGAGAGAGAGAGAAGAGAGAGAGAGCUAGGGUUUUAGCGAAUCUGAAACUAGGGUUUUUGUCUGACGAGACGAAGAAGAAGAUGGUGGAAGACAAGGGCAAAAAGCCGAAGCUCUCCGACAAGAGCGAAGACCAGAACACCGACGCCAUCGACGAGAAGCUCGUCCUCUCCAUCGAGAAGUUGCAGGAGAUCCAAGAUGAGCUCGAAAAGAUUAACGAGGAGGCUAGUGAUAAAGUGUUGGAGGUGGAGCAGAAGUAUAAUGAGAUACGGAAGCCAGUCUAUGAUAAGCGGAAUGAUAUCACCAAAGCCAUUCCUGACUUUUGGUUAACUGCUUUUCUGAGUCAUCCUGCUCUUAGUGAGCUUUUGAGCGAUGAAGAUCAGAAGAUUUUCAAGCAUUUAACUUCCUUAGAAGUUGAGGAUUUCAAAGAUGUGAAAUCGGGUUACUCGAUCUCAUUUAACUUCAGCCCCAGUCCUUAUUUUGAGGAUACGAAGCUUACAAAGACUUAUACCUUCCAUGAUGAAGGAACAAAAAUUACAGCUACCCCAAUAAAGUGGAAAGAGGGAAUGGGCAUACCUAACGGAGUUAACCAUGAGAAGAAAGGGAACAAGAGGCCUCCGACUGAAGAAAGCUUUUUUAGUUGGUUUACUGAUACUCAUCAGAAAGAUGAGAUGGAUGAAAUCCACGACGAGAUUGCAGAUAUCAUAAAAGAAGAUUUAUGGCCGAAUCCUCUCACGUACUUCAACAAUGAUCCCGAUGAGGAGGACUUUGAUGAAGAAGCUAAUGAAGAGGGAAAGGAAGAUGAUGACUCCGAAGAGGAUACCGACGACCAAGAAGACGACGACGACGAAGAAGGUGAUGAGGAAGAUGGCAAGUGAAGUUGGUCAUCUGAGUGUUUGAUCUUUUGUCUCGUUCUUUUGCUGCUUUGGUAACAGCUUUAUGUAAAGUGGUACUAUCGUAGUGGUUGCCGAAGUAUCACCGGGUUAUAUUAGGGGAGGAUGACCGUCUUUUUA